AUGUCAUCGUCUUUCCUCCGUCCACGCCUCCUGUUCCGCCAGCCUCCAGUCCUUGCUACCCGUGCCUUUGGCGCCUCCCGACCGCACGCCUCCCGCCUCCGCCAGCCAGGUGAGCCUACGGGCCCCAACGAACCUCCAUCUCACAUCUCUGCCCCGCAGUCCAAGUCGCCGCUCAAGGUUUGGCCUAUUAUCGCCAUAUUCGCGACGGGCACGUUCCUGUUCAAGAAGAUUGUAGAUCAGCGCAAGGGCGAAGGUUACCAGCCUAAAGGACCAAUCCAAGGCCAUUCACCCAGCGGUAAGGGACAAAUCAUGCCAGCCAUUGAACAAGCUGCGCUCCCGGAGCGCUCCUCUCCUCUCUGGUCCAAGGACGAUGUAACGGUUCUCUUUGUGCUCGGCGGCCCCGGCGCUGGAAAGGGUACACAAUGCCAGAAGCUCGUCAGCGACUACGGCUUCAAGCACCUUUCUGCCGGCGACUUGCUGCGUGAGGAGCAGAACCGGGAGGGAAGCCAGUUCGGCGAGAUGAUCAAGACAUACAUCAAGGAAGGCACCAUUGUGCCCAUGGAGGUGACGAUCAAGCUGCUUGAAAACGCCAUGCGGAGUAGUAUGGAGAGUGGCGAGAACGACAAGAAGCUGUUUUUGAUUGAUGGAUUCCCGCGCAAGCUCGACCAGGCCCAUGCGUUUGAGCGCUCAGUCUGUCCGUCCAAGUUUACUCUGUUCUUCGAUUGCUCCGAAGGCGUCAUGGAGAAGCGGCUCCUCCGCCGCGGGGAGACGUCAGGCCGCGCAGACGACAACCCGGAGAGCAUCAGGAAGCGCUUUAGGACAUUUGUCGAGACGAGCAUGCCUGUAGUCAACGAGUUUGAAUCCCAGGGCAGGGUCGUCAAGGUCAACGCCGAGCAGGAGCCUGAUGAAGUCUACCGAGACGUGCAGGCGAAGCUCAAGGAGCGUGGCGUGGAGCUGAUCAAUCUCAAGUUUGUGCAGACACAGGCUUCGUAG